UGGUAGUUGCACUUGCGCAUCCAUGUAGGAUACACCCCAACAGGAAACAACGACCUGCAAGUCAGUCAGGAAGGCGCUUCUUUCUCUGGUUGCCAUCCAGAUCGCUCCCAUCUGUGCGUGGCGUUAACCCGGUGCCUCUUGUUCCAAGACUAAUUUAAGACAGCGCUUUGAACCCCGAGCCUAGUUUGCUGGAGCUCGAGUGUUGUUGAAUGCGUUAAGAGCGCUGCUUAGUUAGUCCACAGAGGCUGAUUACAAUUUGGUUGCAGAACUACACCAGCAAAGCAAGUGAAUUUUGGUUAUUUUCUUUUCAUCAAGAGAACUUUUGAAGCAGGGGUUCAGCAUGGAAACAGCCGGCGACUCUCUCGGGGAUAGUAAACCCGUGUGUCAGUGUACCCCCAAGUCUGCGGUUCAGCGGUGGCUGCCAGGUUUUCCCAUCGCUCUGUGUUUGCUGAUGUCCCUGAGCUCCAUCACCGUGUGUUUCCUGAUGAGCUUCAAGACCUUCCAGCUGGAGAACCAGAUGGAGAUUGACAAAGCGUCCAUCUUCCACCCGCCGCAUAGGGCUUUUCUAAACGAGGAUGGGACCCUAAUGCCAGAGCUGAGCACCGCAGUAGGGAGACUAGUGGAAGAGAAAGUGGGGAUGCUGAUGCCGAAAAUGCGGACAGCAAGGGAUGUUGGCCAAGAGUGCUCCUGUCCUCCAGGGCCUCCAGGAAAGCGUGGAAGGAUGGGAAGAAGAGGAGAGCCUGGACCUCCUGGCAAGGCUGGACGGGAUGGAUACCCGGGUCCACUUGGCUUGGAUGGCAAACCAGGUUUACCAGGUCCUAAAGGAAGCCAGGGACCAGUCGGACCCAAGGGAGAAAAGGGUGACCAAGGAGACAUUGGGCCACGGAUGGUCUUCCCCCGAUAUGACCAUGGCUUUCUCUCUGGAGAACAGUCCAGCAGCUUUCAGAGACGCUUUCUGAAGGGUGACCAGGGCCAGGCUGGACCUGCUGGUCCUCCCGGUCCUCCAGGUCCUCCUGGUCCCAGAGGCCCCCCUGGGAACACGGGAAAAGAUGGACCCCGUGGCCCGUCUGGGGAGCCGGGUUUGCCAGGUCGUGAUGGUGUUGAGGGACCACAGGGAUUGCCCGGCAACCCGGGAGAAGAUGGUGAGCCUGGAUAUCCAGGGGCACAGGGUCCUCCAGGGGCAAAGGGCGAGCCAGGUAUAGGAGAAAAGGGAGAGAGAGGCAUGGAUGGACUCCCAGGAUUAAAGGGUGACAAAGGGGAAACUGGAGAACAAGGACCACAGGGACCUAUGGGUUAUCCAGGUGAAAAAGGCACCGCAGGUUCCUCAGACAUCAUUGACUUCAAUGGGAAACUUCUAGAUGCUUUCCAGGCCAUCAGCACCAUCAGUGUUUCGGGCCCACCUGGACCACCUGGACCCCCAGGCCCUCCAGGGGAAAAGGGUGAGCUCGGUUUACCUGGUCCAGCAGGAGUUGAUGGAGAGAAGGGACCUAAAGGGGACAUGGGUGAGACAGGACCACCUGGCGAGAGAGGGGAGAAGGGAGAGAUGGGGCUCUCUGGGCCUGCUGGCAUGGAUGGAUGGAAAGGAGAGAAAGGUGACUGCAGACUGGAUGAUAACCUGGUUCAGAUGAUUUCCCAACCAGGCCCACCUGGUCCACCUGGCCCACCAGGAGUUCCUGGGUCCCCUGGAGUCAUGGGGCUGCAUGGGAUGCCGGGUCCUAAGGGUGAGCCAGGAGUCGGGGUAAAGGGAGAGAAGGGGGACAUUGGUGCGCCUGGACUUAGAGGACUAGAUGGCCACCAGGGUCCACCUGGAUCUGCAGGAUUAGUGGGUCUUCCAGGUGCAAAGGGAGAAAAAGGCAGACCAGGGGAGCCUGGACUAGAUGGUUUCCCGGGUCUGAUGGGAGAGAAAGGUGACCGAGGGGAAAGAGGAGAGAAGGGUGACAGGGGAGCAGUGGGAAAGAGAGGUCUAAAGGGCCAGAAGGGUGAGCAGGGUCCUCCAGGCUUGGACCAGCCUUGUCCUGUGGGUUGUGAUGAGACUAAAGGUCUGUCAGUGGAGGCAGGGCUUUCUUCCCCUCCAGCUCCUCCUCUUCCUCCUUCUGGCCCUGAGGCCCCCUGUCCUGUGGGACAAGAUGGGCUGCCCAUACCAGGUUGCUGGCACAAGUGAUGACUAACUAGCAGCAUGGAAUCUGUACAUAUUGAUCUGGUAUAUUUUACAACAAGCAACCCACCCCCUUCUUUCCCUUUUUUUAUAAAAACGUUUAUAUAAUAUAUUGAGAUUUUUUUACAAGGACAUUUUGACUCUACAGUAUUAUGAAAGCUUUUUUAAAUUAGAGAUCCAGUGUUGUUGAGAAUGCAGCCGUUGCUUUUGAAGACAAGGAACUGAACUGGCAGCACGACUCUUAUUUUGAAGGACAGUCCAGAUGACAGAGUUGGAGUGGAAGAGUGCCUUACUAACAAAGUAUGACUUGCUGCCUGAUUCUAAUCAUGAACGCUGUUUGGGAUUGAUGGUGUGUGCAGUCACCCGAUCUCAUGGAAGGAUGGACAGAUCUCCCGGCGUAUCGAGGAGUGUGGGUCAGUACUCUCUUCUCCUCUCUGUGUUUUCUGAAAGGAGGAGAUGGCGAGGCAGAAGCUCAAACGCAAGCGUCUCUCUCAGCCCUGAACGGGUGCGGGGCCUGGUGGAGAAAGGACACAGUGACAGGCAGAGAGCACGAGGGGCAGAUUUGGCCUUUGUGAAGCAGAAAGAGCCCUGUAAGGCCUCAGUGUCACGCUGAACACUCAGAUCCUCCGUUACGAAAACACUCCAGGAGGAGACGACAGAGAACACUGCGUCUCCACCUUCACUUGAGAAGAGAAGACAUACAUGUGGCUGAUGUUACGCAAUAGCUUGAUAACCAGUUGAAGUUGUUUGGGAGUCAAUGAUGUCACUGGCACAUAAGAAAGGAUUUACUGCACAGAUACAUUGAACAUGUUGUGGUGAUCUCUUGUAUGGCUCUUUUGGAAAGGUUUUCACUAAUUAAAUGCAUGAUCAUAACAAGGCACAGUGUUGUUUAGCAUCCUGACAGCUUGUAUGACCUGUGGUCCGUCACUGAAAUAUCAGAUGACAGUAGAUUCAUUUACAUUUGCAAUAAGCAGUCUUUAAUAGUCUUUCCAUAUUGAACAAGCCACUCAGAAAAGUCAGUAAGUUUUUUUAUGGCUUACACUUGCGGAAGUGGUGACUUGCGUGUUGUUUUGUUUUAUUCUUUUAUAUUCUUAUCUAAUUUUGUCCAGUGACAUUUUGCAUUCCUGUGCAUUGACGAGUUUGCGGAAUAUAUAAGUAGUGUAACCGAUUUGAAGGAACCAUUCACAGUAUUCAUGUAUUCAAUCAGUGUUUCAACCAGGGAGCCAGUCAGCUCCAACGUUAGACUGUUUCUAUUUUAGUUGCCUUGAAAAAUGAUUGCCUAUCAAAUUCUUUUCUUAAUAACUUUCAGCAUGACUGAUCAUUAUCUUUUCAUCACAGAUGAAGACGUUUAAUUACUGUUGCCAGUUUUACUGUUCUAAGUUCUUGCUGCUGACUUAAAUGUGUGUUGUUUGUUUGAUAUUUUUGAACCAAUAUUAGUCAUUUGGACUGAAGGACUAACAGGCUAAAGUAUGAAAUUUGAAACAAAAGUAUACACAACCAUUGUUUUUUUCUUUUCUUUUCAGUAAUUAUACAUUUUAAUUCAGCAAUACACGUUCACAGUGGUUUAUAACUGUCAGUUAUAAUGCAUUUUUUGUGUGUGCUUUCUUUCAAUUUUCACAACAGGUUUUAGUUUUUGUAAAACGUUUUUCUCAGAUGGAAUAAUUUCUUGGUGCUUAAAUACUUUAAAAAACUCUUAUGUACUCGUUUAAAGCUCUGCACUGCAUACACAUGCAAACUAUGGUUGGCAAAACUGCAUACAUCUACACAUUUAUACACAUACACAUCCAUCAUUGUUUAAAGAAAUGUUGAACAUGGGAAAAAUAGAAAUUGUGUUUGACUUCACUGAUGUACUAUUACCUGUUUUCAAAUAUUUGGCUACAUGUAUAAAGGACAGAGAUUACAUGGAAUCAUUACUUUUUACAUGUAUAGAAAUACAUUUACAGUUAUGGGAAAUGUCCAUAUACAUCUGUAUAUCCUGCAUUGACACAGUGUGAAUAUACACAUUCAGUGGUGAUUGCUUAAUAUUAUUUAUACUGAUAUUGGCCGCAAAUGGAUAAGUGAUGUGUGAAAAGGUGAAAAUGGAAUUUGCUAUUCCAUUUAGGUACAUUUGUUGAAAGGGCAAUUAAAUAAUAAGGAAAAUGAAAGAAAAGGAAAAAAGGGUAACAGUGUUUAUUUAGUACUGAAUCCAGAAAACACAGAAAAUUAGAAACACAGACACCUUCUUUGUAAUUAAAAAUAUCCACUAGCUGACCUGGAAACUGGCUCAAGUCAUGUUGCAGUAGUCAUGAUGCAGGCCACUUUUUUUCUCCUGUUUAGGUCUGAAAUGACAAUGUGCAACAUCUCUGAUCAGUUUUGCCAAUAUCCUUUUACAUAUAUCUGCAAAACAAUUUCCAUAUCAGUGGGAUAACCUUGCUGUGAAGUCCUGCUCAUUUCUUUUAUUUACUUCAGAAGGGUUUUGUAAGAAAGAUCAGUGCAACAUAUAUUAAACCUAUACAGUACGACUUGUUCAUGAAGUUAGAGGUAUUGUAGAAAUGUUUUCUAUGAAACAUCUGUAAAUCAGUUGCAUAUCAUUAAGACAGAAUAGCUGACAUACAGACUUUAUUUGAGAAUCAUAUUGAGUGAGAAUUUAUAUCAAAGGCAGAAUGGUUUAACUGCAAAUCACGCAGGUCUUGGCAUUAUUUUACUGGAAGCUGAUGGUUAUCUGUUACUUAACAUUAUUAUAUGUGUUUAUUUCUUUUUGCAGAUUCUAUCAGUUUCAGUUUUAAGGCUUAUUGAAGUCAAUAAAUGACACCAUAUCUGAGUACAGUUUGGUGCUUUAGCAAAUCAUAUAUCACAGUAUUAGCUUGACUUUGUGAGAAUGUUUUUCGAUUGUGUAUUUGGUUGUAAAAGAAUUAAGCUAUUUUUGUAAUUACUUGUCUAAAUAUGUAUAACUUGAAAUCUGGUUAACUAAACAUGUAGACUGAAAUAAACUCUCUGGUUUUAUGAUUUUGUUUCAUUAACUUAACAUCAAUAAAAUAUCUA